UUUAGAAACAACGCGAGGUAUUUUCUGAAGUGUACCACUACGAUAUAAACACAUGCAUGGAUUAAAUUAAGAUAUAAAAAAAAUCACCUUGAACUUUUCUUUAUGCAGUGUCUUACUAUUUGAUGCGAGGUUGAAAAUGACGAAAAGAAAACGUCAAGAUGAUUUCCAGAAAGUGAAGCUAAAAGUGGGCAAGACGAAGCCAAAAGCAGACAACGCCACCAACACCAGUUUUCGAUCCAAGGGCAUCCACCUCACAGAGCAGCUGAAGCGUGAUGACUCUGGACCAACCACACACCGCCAGCUUGGCAUCAAGGACCUCCUCUCCCAGUUGCACCACUACAGCGCCACAGUGAAGCAGGGUGCGCUAUGUGGCCUGCGCGAGCUGCUGACGUCCCACCCGGCGCUGGUGGAGCAGCACCUCUCCACGCUCCUCAGCGAGGUGGCCGCCGCCUUCACCGACAAGGACGGCAGCGUGCGCUCGGCUGCACUGCGCCUGCUGCGCUUCGUGGCACAGUGUGUGCCCAGUGAGCGCGUGGCGCCGUUCUUCCCCCUGCUCAGCGCUCACCUGACCUGCGCCAUGACGCACAUCCAGGUGGCCAUCCAGGCGGACGCCAUGCUGGUGCUGGAUGUGCUGCUGGAGCAUUACCCGGCCCUGCUGGCCCACCGACACACUCACCUGCUCACCAACUUCCUGGAGCUCAUCUCCCGCCAGCGCCAUGGCGGAGGGGGAGCCAAGUCUGGAGAUAAUAAGGUCGGAGCUGGGCGGGCUGGCUGGACGCUGUCCGUCACGCCUGAUCGCAACGUCACGGCCCAGCAGUGGAGGCUCACUGUUCUGCUCAGACUGAGCCGCUUCUUGCAAGCCGUGGUGGACGAGAGGCCGGGCGAGGAGGGCGUCAUAUCAUCCACAGACCGAGAGGGCAGUGAGAAGGGGAUCGCUACCGCUCUGGAGCUGAACUGGGAGGAUCACCCCUUUGGCAAACGAGGAAUCCAGGUGUUUGAAAAUUCCGGAUCCAAGCCCACCCCCUAUUCCACCUUUCGGCUCAGGCCCGACGUGGAUAAGGGUGCGGGAGGCGAGGAGGAGCUGAGCUCUGUGGAGCGGGUGCGGGGCUUUGCGGAGACACUGGUGCCCCUACUGCUGGAGGUGUGGCUGGAGACCAGCGCAGACCUGGGCAGUCUGCUGACGCAGGACGCCAUGGUGCUCAUGCAGCAGAUCCUGACCAUCCUGCAGCUGCUCAGACGCCUCACGCCACAGCACCACCUGCGCGAGGAACUGGACACGUGGUUGCGUAACACCUAUCUCAGCGACUUCAAGCUGCAUUUCAUGAAGAAGUUUCCGUACAACAUGGUGGACUCCUUACCAUCCCUCAAGCAGAAAAAGAGCUCCCACAGGAGUCGGCAGCAGUCGUCGUUGUCCAGCAGUGGUGCCGCCGGUGGCAUGGUGGUGGAGCCCCUGGUGGUGAACGUCACGCUGUGCCAGGUGAUGGUGACGCUCAGCCAGCGAGGCCCCGGCCAGCCUGAGGGCGCCGACGCAGACUGGCUGGGGCCCAUCCGCUCCUUCGUCAGGGAGGCACUGACGGGCGGCACCAAGCUGAGCAGCAGGCACCUGGGCGCCCUGCUGGAGGUGGUCUGGCGGCUGGUGGUCAACCAGAAGAGCCGAGGGGUAUCGGAGGAGCUGCUGCAGGCGGUGUAUGUGCAGUACCAGCAGAGGAACCUGAGUGUGGCUGUGCGCCUCAUGCUACUCCGCUUCUUCAGCCAACUCUACCUCAAGGAGCGCCUCAGCAGGAGUAAGAUCCUGGCGCGUUGGCUGGCCGCCCUCCCCGUGCAGCUGGUGCAGCUGGGUUUGCGCAACCCGCAGCUGUCUUCGCAGAUCCUGCAGACGCUCCAGCGCGCCGCCGCCUGGAAGAACAAGGAGCUGCUCAACAGCCUGCAGACACACGCCUGCAGCCUCUACGACCCCCAGGAGGGCUGCGUGGUGCUGUUGCCAGUGGAGUGUCAGCAGCGUCUGGUCCAGAUGCUCUACUUCCUGCCGGCGUUCCCCCCCGAGCUGCUCUCCUGCCUCAGCCGCGUCUGCAACACGGGACGUGUCUCCGCCGGCCUGGCCGCCACACUCAUCCGCAUCGUGCACCUCCGGUCCUCUCUCAGUGGUUGGACGAGUAACUCUGAAGAAACUGCAAUCCGGGAUGUGGACUACCUUAGCUUCCUCUUUUCCACUCUGACAGGCUUCUCUUGCGAUGAGCUUGCGGUGCUCCAGCAGGCCUAUGACGAGGCCCUGUCUCCCCCCACCCCCCUGUCCCCCUUCAGCCUCUACCCCACCCCCCUGGAGCAGUUCACUCACCACUGGGACAUUGUGGAGGAGGUAUGCCACUGCCUGUCAACCCUGGGCUCCAAUUCACAGUGCUUCGACAUCCUCCAGAAUGGCAUCUGCAAGAACCUGGUGGGUUUGACGGUGAUGCCUGAUGGUGUGUGUGCGGCGGUCCUGAGGGUGGUGGCGCGGCUGCUGGACCUCAGCUUCCUGCCCAGCGAGGCUCUGCUGCACUUCCUGACCAAGUGCUGUCUGAGCAUGCUCAGUCUGCUACUGCAGCUGGAACACAGCGCACACAAAAGGGAGGCGGUGUGGGGGGCCUGUCUGGCGGCCCUGAGCAGCGUGCCCCGGCUGCUGCGUCUGCUGCUGCAGUCCCUGCGCGUGGGCGACAUGUGCCUGGAGGAGUUCCCCCAGCUGGCCCAGAUCCUCUCGCUGCUCAUGCAGCACACGCACCUGCGCAACCACAUGAUCGCCAACGCCCAGCUGCUGCAGCACAUCAUACAGGACAUCACCAGGUACUGUGGAGGAGAGAGUCGUGAGCAGUGGCUUACCGACCUGCUACACUGCUACAGUGUUACGCUGUCUGGUCACCGUGGAAACCUGUACUGACACCCGUCCCGCUUCAGAAGAAGCCCGCCCCAUUGACAACAGCUAGAGAGCCCAAGUCAUGGCCCUGCAUGGGGGCUAAGACAAAAACAAACAACAAUUGUUGAGUUCAAAUCUGAGUUCUCCUUUCACUCCCAUUGGUUGUCUUUCGUUUUCCUUUUCUUCUCUUAUCUUGGGUCCUAUGGGAAAGUGACUUACGGCUCUCUAUAUCCUCUGUCUUUUUCCUCAUAGACUUAUUUUCUCACACACACUUCACGUUUUUGUUUUUGUUUUUGUUUUGAUACUCAUUUCUUUUUAAUGAAGAAAAAAAAACAUUUUUUUAGAAAUGAAUAAAAAUCUCAAAUCUAUGA